ACGGCCGCGGCCGCAGGAAUGUGCUGGAAGCCAGCGGGCGGGCACCCGGAGGUGCUGAAGGGACAGUUCCCGCCGCCGAACUUGCCGGGCGGCCGUGGGGAGGGUGGGGCGGCCCCGGAGCGCGCGGGGCCGGCCGCGAUGGAGACCAUUUGGAUCUACCAGUUCCGCCUCAUCGUGAUUGGGGACUCCACGGUGGGCAAGUCGUGCCUCCUGCACCGCUUCACCCAGGGCCGCUUCCCGGGGCUGCGCUCCCCCGCCUGCGACCCCACCGUCGGCGUGGACUUCUUCUCCCGCCUGCUGGAGAUCGAGCCGGGCAAGCGGAUCAAGCUGCAGCUCUGGGACACGGCGGGGCAGGAGCGCUUCAGAUCAAUAACUCGAUCUUAUUACCGCAACUCAGUUGGUGGAUUUUUAGUAUUUGACAUUACUAACCGACGAUCUUUUGAACAUGUGAAAGAUUGGCUGGAAGAAGCAAAAAUGCACGUACAGCCAUUUCGGAUUGUAUUUUUGCUAGUGGGACACAAAUGCGACUUAGCUUCAAUACGUCAAGUUACAAGGGAAGAAGCUGAAAAGCUGUCAGCGGACUGUGGUAUGAAGUAUAUAGAAACCUCAGCAAAAGAUGCUACCAAUGUUGAGGAAUCCUUCACUAUCUUGACAAGAGACAUCUAUGACCUUAUCAAAAGGGGAGAGAUUUGUAUUCAGGAUGGCUGGGAAGGGGUGAAAAGUGGUUUUGUUCCAAAUACUGUGCAUUCUUCUGAGGAAGCAGUGAAGCCCAGGAAAGAGUGCUUCUGCUGACUUCAGACAUGCCAAAGCACCGUCAAGAACAGGUGGACGUCAUUCCAGGAUAGAGACCACCAUCAGCACUGUUUUGUAAGGUGUUUGAUCCAGAGCACUAUGCUUUCAUGUUACACUGCAAGACUCGGUGUUUUGCUAAAAUAUCAGGCAAAGCAGACAACUUUUUCUUGAAACUAUCAAAUUACCCCCUUUCCUACUUUGUUAGCUUAUAGCUGAACUAAUGUCCAAAUAUGUCAAUAUUACUCAUUUUUCUUGACAGUUUGAAAUGGGGUUUUUGUGCAUAUAUAGUCUGAUUGAAAAGAUUUUAUCAGGAAUUAUGUUCUCUUGUUCAUUUACUAAUAUUGAAUAGUAAAGUGAUUUAAAAGUGCACUGUUCACUUACAAAUCAAACAAUCUCAGAGUUAUCAACUAGACUAAAAUAGCAGUUCCUUAUUUAAGGUACAGUACCAGGUUUUUUAAACAUUUAAAAUAUUUAUCUUCCCUUAAUUUUGCCUAAACAUAAAAAAAUAAGUUUUAUACUUUUUUGUUCUGAUUUAUUGCUCCUGAAAAGUUUAUGUUUUAUGAAGCUAUAUAAGGAUCCAAGCAAAAUACUGUAUUGCAAAUAUUUAUAAAGAUAAAAACAAAGGACCACUUGUCAGCGAAUGUUUUGAUGUUAUAGCAUACUAUUUUAGACAAUAAAAAGAAAUGUAUUUCUAUACUGACAUUUUCAAAAAAGUAAAUGCAAUUUACCUUGAACUAGUGUCAAAAUUACCAUAUUUUCCCGUGUAUAAGACGCCCCCAUGUAUAAAAUGCCCUCCACUUUUCCAACCCCAAAUUAAGAAAUCAAUAUUUUAAACAUUUUGCUGAUUUUCC